AAACCUUGUUUUGUUUACUCUGGUAAAAAAAGCGACAUUGAGAAUUUACGGAAACAAACUUCCACUGCUCUACCCACCGAUAUAAGCAGUGGUAGCGGCAGCAGCAGCAGCAGCGGUUCUAGUGACGAUUCAGAUACCGAUAAUUCGUUCUUUGUUAAUAUGCGAUCUGAAUUGAACAAGAAACGUAGUUUUAACGAAUUUAACAAUGGUUACUUGCUUGGAAAGAAACCGAAACUCGAGAGUCCUGAUUUUAAUACCGCGAUUUCUCCUAAGUUUCUUUCUUUUCUUCCACCGCCUUUGCCGUUGAACUUCGUGGCGCCUGACACCGUCGCGGAUGCUGAACAGGUGCAAGAUAGUUUGCCGGUAGCGGCAGAUGCUAAUGAGAAUAUUAAUUUUCAAGCGGCUCCGGUUUUGAGGGCUUGUAAACAGUUUUGGAAAGCCGGGGACUAUGAAGGAGUCAAUGCUGAUGACUCUUCAAUUAAUUCUGUUGGAAUGGAUCAUGUCAGGGUGCAUCCAAAGUUCUUACAUUCAAACGCAACCAGCCAUAAAUGGGCUUUGGGAGCUUUCGCUGAACUUCUAGACAAUUCUUUGGAUGAGGUUUGCCAUGGAGCCACUUAUGUUAAUGUAGAUAUGAUGAAGAAUAAAAAAGAUGGUUCUAACAUGUUGCUUGUUGAAGAUAAUGGUGGUGGAAUGACGCCUGAUAAAAUGAGGCAGUGCAUGUCUCUUGGUUAUUCUGCCAAGAGCAAAAUGGCAAACACCAUUGGUCAAUAUGGAAAUGGGUUCAAGACGAGUACUAUGAGGCUUGGAGCAGAUGUUAUUGUGUUUUCAUGUUGUAAGGGGAACAACGGAAACAGCCUGACGCGAAGUAUUGGACUACUGUCCUAUUCUUUUCUGAUGGGCACUGGAAAGCAAGAUAUUGUGGUUCCCAUGAUUGACUAUCAGAGAAAGGGAGAAAGUUGGAACAAGAUGAUAAGGUCUUCACUGGAUGAUUGGAACAGAAAUUUAGAAACCAUAGUACAGUGGUCACCAUAUACAAGUGAAGAAGAUCUAUUUCAUCAGUUCAACUUAUUAGAAGAUCAAGGUACACGCGUAAUUAUAUACAAUCUUUGGGAGGAUGAUGAAGGAAAUUUGGAACUAGAUUUUGACUCUGAUCGAGAUGAUAUUCAAAUUAGAGGAGUCAAUCGAGAUGAGAAAAACAUAGAGAUGGCAAAAAAGUAUCCCAACUCAAGACAUUUCUUAACUUAUCGACAUUCUCUAAGGAGCUAUGCAUCAAUUCUUUAUCUCAGACUUCCAGCUGGCUUUAGAAUUAUACUGCGUGGAAAAGAUGUCCUGCAUCACAACAUAAUCAAUGAUAUGAUGCUGACUAAGGAGAUCACAUACAAACCUCUGCAUCUUCCUGAACGAGUUCCAAGAGAUUUGAAUAUGGUUGCAACUGUGACAAUCGGGUUCGUGAAGGAUGCUCGACAUCAUAUCGAUGUUCAAGGAUUUAAUGUUUAUCAUAAAAACAGACUUAUAAAGCCAUUCUGGAGAGUUUGGAAUGCUGCUGGAAGUGAUGGUCGUGGGGCUAUAGGUGUAUUGGAGGCUAAUUUUGUUGAACCAGCUCAUGACAAACAAGGCUUUGAGCGCACACCUGUGCUAUUAAGACUAGAAAAUCGUUUAGUUGCAAUUCAGAAGAAUUACUGGUGUACAAACUGUCAGGAAGUUGGUUAUGCUCCAAGGCGGCCUUCUUUAAAGAGUCCUGUUUCUGAAAAGACAGACUCUAGAACAUCAGAUAAAGAAAAACCAUCUACGCCUUCAAAACCUGCUUCUGCAAAGACAGACUCAAGAACAUCAGAUGAAGACAAAUGCUCCUCACCUUCAAAUCAGAAUGAGCGUGACCACAGUAGGAGUAAGACAAAACUGUCGACGGAAUUGGACAAAAGAUCACCAGAAUCAGAUAACACAAGUGAAGAUGGAAGCAGUCAUGAACCAUCCCCGGUUAGUGGUCAAUCUCAACAUGCCCCCAGGUUACAUCUACAUGAAACAAGACUUCAUAUACCUAGGAGACCUCGCUCAAAUAAUGCACAGGCAGCUGCUGUCCAUGAAGAUGGACGAAUUCUCUCUAACGUUGAUACAGAGAGUUUAAUCAAGUCUAAAGAAAAGGAUGGACCAGUUCUCUUUAACAGUGCUACUGAGAGUUUAAUCAAGUCUAAAGAAAAUGAUGGACGAGUUCUCUCUAAUGGUGAUAUAGAGAGUCUAAUCAAGUCUAAAGAAAAGGAUCAUAAAUCAAUAGAAAGAUUGGAAACAAAGGACAGUUCAAGAAAGGAUGAUUUGCCAAGCGAUUUACAGUAUGAAAGAGAUAAAUGUAGAUCCCUUGAAAAUCAACUUCAGAAGGCACAACAGAAAAUAGAAGAGAUGGACCAAGAGCAGAUUACUCUAAUUGAUAUGAUUCAAGAGGAAAGGGGGCGGCGAGAUGCAGAGGAGGAUAGAUUGAGGGAAAAGUUAAGGGAAGCAUCGAGUACCAUAAAUGAUCUACUUGCUCAGGUGAAGUGGCUUGAAGAAAGGAGGGGAACUCCAUGA